AUGGGUCCCAACAUACCCGCUAGUCACUCUGCAGAUGGGCCGGCCAUUGCUCCUCUUCCCCCAUCUUCCCUUCAUCCUCCCCAACGUCCGCCGCCGCCACAGCGCAAUGCGUCAAGCUCCUCCCUCACGCUGAACAAGGGUACCUCAAAGGAAGUGCAGCGCCAGAAGUCGACCUUCAUCUCUUGCACACACUGCCGCGCGCGUAAGGUCAAGUGCUCCGGCGACAAGCCUCUUUGCACCAACUGCUUGAAGCGCGGUCUGAACUGUCACUAUGAUGCCUUCGUCAAGCGCCGCGGACCUGACAAGGAGCCCGGAGGUGAGUCCUACGAAGGUGAUACCGGAGGCAGACGUGCGAUGUGGUGCCGCAACGGAGGCAGAGAGUGGGCGUGGGCUGUGUACUGCCGUGUGUAUGCUGACGCAGCAGGCCGCCUGCGUGCUCGCGGGACGUUUGUGAACUACGCCGCCCCCAGGAGUGGAAGCAAUGGUGCCGUCCAUGUCAACCGCGUUCCUUCUGCGCCGCAUGCGCCCGGUGUUGUGGGCAUGGGCUUGGGCGGGCAACAAGGUCCGGUGCGCUUUGCGCGGAUCGUCUCUGCCGGUCCGCCGCUGAGCCACCUUCGCCACCCUGCCGGACCGGGUCUUGGUAUUGGUCUGGGCAGGCCGUCCGAGUCGAAGAACCACAGCGUCGCCGAUCCCCCACACUCCACCCCGCAUGCACCGCAGGCUCAUGCGCAGAUGCAGACGCAGCAGGACGCCAUCCAGGCCGCGCACCGCGACGGAUGGGCGCUGCUGCUCAAGGACUACACCUUGCCCCAGCUGACGCAGAUCUGCCACCUUUUCGUCCUGCUCGCCGCGUUCGAGUUUCAGCCGCACGUGCACCAGAACCUGUCCCGCGCCAUUGCCGCAUGGUCGUUCGUCGAGAGCUGCGCGACGUCGUGCAUUCCCGAGUCUCAGGAACCGCCAGAAGGAGGCGCUAAGGGCACCACUGCGGCCAUCGAGGCGGCCGAAAUGAGGAGACUCGACUGGACGUUCUCCCAGCUCUCGGCCAGUUUGACGAUCUGGGACUGUCUGCUGGACAAGGCGCACGGGCAGUCGUUGCCGUCGCUGUCUAGGAUGGUCAACUACGCUCGUUCACUUCUGCGCGAAGCUCAGGCGACGCAAGACUCCGGCACGCGCAACUACGCCUGGCAAGCGACGGACUGGACCAAGGUCGCCUUAGGCAUGCUGGGCGAUCUGGACGACAGCGACGUCGCGCGCUGGAUGGCCGACCAGAAGAAGGCGCUCAUGAAUGUCUCGAACCCGACCGAUCUGCAGGAGAGGCAGCAGCUCCAGUCCUUCUGCUGGUGGUACCUCAUGGUUGCUUACACGCACAGCGCGGAGAGCGUGCUCGCCGAGGUCGACAAGGCGCUAAACAUCAUCAGUGGACAGUGGUCGUGUUCUGGUGAGUUUUGUGCGCCAAAGUUGAACUGA